AUGCUGCUGAAAGCUGCAACAAGGGGUAGUCUGCAGGAUUUCCGCGUGAACCAGUUUGUGCUUCUUCUCAUGCAAGCACAAUGGCUUGAAAGUAGUCAAACAUCCUCCUGCCAGGAUCUUCCACCUAUGUCAUCUUCUGUGGAAGGUCAUCCACCCGACCUAAUGAUAGAUUGCAGCCCCAAACAUCUGAAGGGUUGGACUGAUGAGGUCAAGGAACAGGAAGCCUCCAUCGCAGCUACAUGUCGUAACGCCUUGAAUCCUGACGAACAAAUGUGCACUGAUGCUCUCCUGACUAGUACUUACACGAGUGGGCUGCAUGUCAACGGACUCACCAUUUCAGAAGCCAAGGACACCGAACAUGUUGUGAACCAAAAUGGUGGUUUGGAUCCUGCUGCUGUGAUAAUAAAAAUUGGCAAUGAGUAUCACCUUAAUGAGAAGCAGUGGGUGGCAUUCCGCAUUAUUGCAGAGCACUUUGUGCACAAAUUCAUUGAGAGACAGGAUGAUCCUGCUGUGCCGCUCACUAUGUUAAUGACAGGCCCAGGUGGCACUGGUAAGACUCACAUUGUAAAGGCUGUCCAAGCAGUCAUGGAGUACUAUGGCUAUGGUCACAUCAUUCAUUUCUUGGCACCGACUGGUUCCGCAGUGGCACUCAUUGAUGGAAUGACAGUGCACAAGGGUCUUAGCAUCAAGAUCAAGUCUAACUCCAAAGGUAAAGGUAAUCGCAUCCCUAGUGAGAGUAGCCAAGACUAUUCUGUUAUCAUCAGCAUUCAAAGUAAGACCCAGUUGUGA